AUGUCUGCUAUCAAAGCUGUGAAGGAAAUCACCAUGCACCCCAAGACGGGGCAUCCGGAUCAGACACCAUACAUAGUUGUCUGGGAAGACCUAGUUAAUAAUCCCCCUCCUUGGGUAAAGCGCUUUCUACCCCUACAGGAACCUCAGGAGGCAGUGUUGACUGUUCGAGAACACCCAGAGAAACGACCAAAUGAAAACAGACCUUCAGCGCCGCUGUACCCCGUCUUACAGGGGGGUAUGGAGGAGGAUUUAAUUUUCCCUCCGCCGUAUUACUCUCCUGUCCGACAGGGCUCGCCCCGCGUCGCCCCCUCAACCAGAGCAGACGGAGUGAACGGGGGGCCAAUGAUGGGGCCAGCAGCAGGCACCCGACACAGGGCACAACGCAUGGUACCUCCAGGGCCAGCUGAUUCCACGGUGCUGCCACUAAGGGCCAUAGGCCCUCCAGAUGGGGAAGGAAACCAGCCCCAUCACUAUUGGCCCUUUGCCACAAGUGAUCUGUAUAACUGGAAGAUGCAGAGUGCUAAAUUUUCUGAUAACCCCAGGGAAUUAAUUGAUCUUUUAGACUCUGUUCUUGUUACCCACAUGCCAACCUGGGAUGAUUGUCAGCAGCUCCUGCAAAUUCUCUUCACUACCGAGGAACGCGAGAGAAUCCAGACAGAGGCUCGCAAAUUGGUACCAGGAGCCAAUGGAGAGCCUACCACCAAUAUAGAUGUGAUAAAUGAAUGUUUUCCUCUCUCCCGCCCUAGAUGGGAUUUUAACACGGCUGAAGGUAAGGAGAGACUCCGGGUCUAUCGCCAGACUCUGUUGGGAGGCCUCAAAGCAGCCGCCCGCAAGCCCACUAACCUAGCCAAGGUGGGGAGCAUACAACAGGGUAGGGAGGAAAGUCCAGCUGCAUUUCUAGAGAGAAUCAUGGAGGCUUUUAGACAAUAUACACCCAUGGAUCCGGAAGCACCAGAAACGAAGGCAGCUGUGGUAAUGGCUUUCAUCAACCAGUCUGCCCCAGACAUUAAGCGGAAGUUGCAACGCAUAGAAAGACUGGGAGAAAAAAGCAUCCAAGAUUUGAUAGUAGUGGCAGAAAGGGUGUACAACAACCGAGAGAGUCCGGAAGAAAGAGAAGAGAGGCGACAUAGAGCCAGUGAGCAACGAGAUCACAAGUUUACUAAGAUACUACUGGCAGCCACAGCCAGAGACUCGAGAGAGAGAGAGGAAAGGUUGAAAGAUAUAAACAGAGAACUAAAUGAGAAAUUUAAAGGUAGACAAAGCGAAAGGCCUAAGGACAAUAGAAACCAAGAGUUCACAGGAAGGCCUAAGCGUAACAGGAGCCAGGCCUGUUUCUAUUGUGGAAAAGAAGGACAUUGGAAAAGUACAUGCCCCGAGAAAAGGCGACGCCGUCACGAAACACCAGUAUUAAUAGCGGGAGAACUAGAUGAUUAGGGACGUCAGGGUUCGGACCCCCUCCCCGAGCCCAGGGUAACUCUUAAAGUAGAGGGGACCCCAAUUAAUUUCCUGGUAGAUACAGGAGCGCAACAUUCAGUGCUGACAAAACCCCAAGGGAAGCUGUCAAACAAAACUUCCUGGGUACAGGGAGCCACAGGAAUGAACCGUUACUCUUGGACUACCCGAAGAACGGUGGACUUGGGAAUGGGCCGGGUAUCCCACUCGUUCAUGGUCAUUCCUGAAUGUCCCUACCCACUGUUAGGAAGAGACUUGCUCACUAAGAUUGGUGCGCAGAUUUGUUUUCAACCCGAAGGACCUCAAGUCCUCGACCACAAGGGACAACCCAUUCAUGUCCUCACUUUGCGGCUAGAAGAUGAAUACCGUUUACACCAGCAACCUACUCCCCCAGCCUCAGAUAUGGAUGACUGGCUACAAAAGUUCCCCAGUGCUUGGGCAGAAACAGGAGGAGUUGGAUUGGCUAAACACAGGCCACCUAUCCUCGUGGAGCUAAAACCUGGAGCCGAUCCAGUAAGAGUUCGUCAGUACCCUAUGUCAGCAGAGGCACGGGCUGGAAUAAUCCCACACAUUAGACGGUUGCUGGAUUUAGGCAUAUUGAGACCAUGCCAGUCGGCAUGGAACACGCCUUUACUGCCAGUCCGCAAGCCUAACUCCAGCGAUUACCGGCCAGUCCAGGAUCUCCGGGAGGUGAACAAACGGGUAAUGGACAUACACCCUACCGUCCCUAACCCUUACACUCUACUCAGCUCCCUGCCCCCGGACCAUUGUUGGUAUACUGUUUUGGACCUAAAGGAUGCCUUCUUUAGUUUGCCUUUAGCCCCCAGAAGCCAGGAAAUGUUCGCUUUUGAAUGGACAGACCACGAGAAGGGUAUUAGUGGGCAACUGACCUGGACCAGAUUGCCCCAAGGGUUCAAAAAUUCGCCCACCAUUUUUGAUGAUGCCUUACAUGAAGAUCUAGGUGAGUUCCGUGUAACCCACCAACAGGUCACUCUUCUACAAUAUGUUGAUGAUCUCCUGAUAGCCGCCCGUGACUAUGGGACCUGCCUAAAAGGGACAGAGGACCUUCUCCGGACACUGGGUGAACUGGGGUAUCGGGCCUCUGCAAAGAAGGCACAACUCUGCAAGCCCAAGGUAAACUAUCUUGGCUAUGUAUUAGAGGGUGGUCAGAGAUGGCUAUCAGAUGCCAGAAAAGAAGCAGUCUUGAAAAUUCCAAGGCCCACCACCCCACGAAAAGUACGAGAGUUCUUGGGGUCCGCUGGCUUCUGUAGACUAUGGAUACCAGGGUUUGCAGAACUGGCAAAGCCCUUAUAUGGAGCUACUAAAAACCAGUCAGAGUUUCAGUGGACAGAGGAGAUGGAAGCCUCCUUCCAAAAGAUUAAAAAGGCCUUGUUAUCGGCACCUGCAUUGGGGUUGCCCGACAUAACUAAACCUUUUCAUUUGUAUAUUGAUGAAAAACAGGGAGUGGCAAAAGGAGUUUUGACCCAGUAUUUGGGGCCAUGGAGGAGGCCAGUGGCUUACCUCUCAAAGAGACUAGACUCAGUGGCAGCGGGAUGGCCUCCGUGCUUGCGCAUCAUAGCAGCCACUGCGCUAUUGGUAAAAGAUGCACAUAAACUAACUUUGGGUCAAGAAUUAAGUGUUACCACACCCCAUGCCAUAGAAAGUAUCCUCAAACAACCACCUGACCGGUGGAUCAGCAAUGCAAGACUCACUCAUUACCAGAGUCUUUUAUUAAACCCUGCCGUCAUCAUCUUUAGAGUGCCCACAGCUCUCAAUCCAGCUACUCUAUUGCCAGACCCAGACUUGGAUGCCCCCCUACAUGAUUGUUCUGGAAUUUUGGCACAAGUUCACGGAAUUCGAGCAGACCUACGAGAUCAGCCAUUGCAGGAUGCUGAGGUGACCUGGUACACUGAUGGUAGUAGCUUCGUGCGUGAUGGACUCCACCGAGCGGGGGCUGCGGUAACCACUGAGACUGAGGUAGUGUGGGCUGAGUCCCUACCCCCUGGGACUUCAGCCCAGCGAGCCGAACUUAUUGCUCUAACCAAAGCCCUAGAGUUGGGCAGAGAUAAAAGGAUAAAUAUAUAUACAGACAGCCGGUAUGCCUUCGCCACGGCCCACAUACAUGGGGCAAUCUACAGAGAGCGCGGGCUGCUCACUGCAGAAGGCAAAACUGUGAAAAAUAAAGAAGAAAUUCUAGCCUUAUUGACUGCUUUGUGGCUGCCAGAAAAACUGGCCAUAAUCCACUGCCCAGGGCACCAAAAAGCCAAUACCCAUGCUGCAAAAGGAAAUGCCAUGGCAGAUAAGACAGCCAGAGAGGUGGCAGCCUCAACUCCUGUGCUAAUUACAAAGCUACCAAAACUAGGUAGUGCCUGCCUGCCUGACCAACCCUCAUACACUCCAGAGGACCUGAAAUGGAUGGAGACACUGCCCAUGGUCCUAGAAAAGGACGGUUGGAACUAUUCUGCCAAAGGCAAAGUCAUACUCCCAGAAAAACUAGGAGAUGAACUCCUACACAGCAUACAUAGUACCACCCACAUGGGUGCUAGGAAGAUGCAAGACUUAAUUAAAAGGGCUGGGGUAAAAAUUAAAGAGGCUUACUCCAAGGUUGAACAAAUUGUGAAAAACUGUAAAACUUGUCAGUACGCUAAUAUGACCAGAAACCCAGCCAAUCCUGGGUUUAGACAGAGGGGGAACCGUCCGGGGGCCUAUUGGGAGGUAGACUUUACUGAGGUGAAACCAGGAAAAUAUGGCUACAAAUAUCUGCUAGUUUUUAUAGACACUUUCUCAGGAUGGGUAGAGGCCUACCCCACCAAGCACGAGACAGCCAAUGUGGUGGCUAAAAAUACUAGAAGACAUCCUACCAAGGUAUGGCUUUCCUACUAUGAUAGGAUCAGAUAA